UGUUGGUCUUCUACCCGCCAUAAACCAGAAGAAGAAGAAGAAGCCCCGCCUCUUCCGUCAUCAGUUCCUAACAAACAUGGCGUCUCCGAGCUCCUCCGCGGCUCUCUGGGCCGCUGUCCCCGUGGUUCUGGCGGGUUUCGGUUGGUGUUUCGUGGCGGACUCGGUGGUUCCGGGUCCACUGGUGUGUCUGGUGGUUGUGUCCGUGGUUCUGGCGCUGUGCUGGCGGUGGUUCCGGCGGCGGAGCGGCGGCACGGAGCGGCGGGUGUGUGUGCUGGUGCUCGGGGACAUGGGCCGCAGUCCUCGGAUGCAGUACCACGCCUUGUCCCUGAGCAAACACGGUUACCUGGUGACGUUUGUGGGCUUCUCAGACACCAAACCUCACCGGGACGUCCUGGACCAGGACAACAUCCAGAUCCGGUCCAUCUCUGAAGUGAAAGGUGUUGGAGGACCCAAGCUGCUGACCUACGUGACGAAGACCAUGGUCCAGUUCCUGCAGCUGCUUCAUGUUCUGCUGACCAUGGAUCUGCAGGACCACAUCCUGAUGCAGAACCCUCCGGGUCUGCCCGGCAUGGCGGUGGUGUGGCUGGUGAGCGUCCUGCGAGGCAGCAGCUUCAUCAUCGACUGGCACAACUACGGCUACACCAUCAUGGCCCUGAGCCUCGGACCCUCACACCCUCUGGUCCUGCUGGCCAAGUGUCCCUGCUGUCAGACUUCCCCAGUCCAGAGGGAAGGCUGGGCUCGUUCAGGAGGAACCUCCGGAGCAGCAGGGGGCAGUGUUGGGAGGAGAACUGGGAGCAGAAGGUCCUGCCUCUGCUGGGGGCUCACACAGCACACACCUGAAGCAGGAAACACUUUGUUGUUGUUGUUGUUGUUGUAAAUAAAAUGUUUAUUCUGCUGCUGCA